AUGCCCCCUGAUGCACUUUCGAUUAAGCUACCGAAAUGUUUUGCAUUUAUUUUGUUUAUUUUUCCACCGGCCCAGGACAACCACCAAUCAGUGGCAGAAACAGCUGUCGUUGGGUUCCCGCAUCCAGUAAAAGGAGAAGGUAUUUAUGCCUAUGCAACUUUGAAAGAUGACGCAACAAUAUCUGCAGAGGACUUAAGAAAGGAUCUUAAGGACAUUGUUCGUCAGAAGAUAGGCUCCUUUGCUGUUCCAGAAGUCAUUCAGGUCGUGUCCGGUCUUCCUAAAACCCGGUCAGGAAAGAUAAUGCGACGUAUUUUAAGGAAGGUUGCCCAAGACAAGCCAGACGAGUUAGGUGACGUUUCCACGCUAGCGGAUCCCUCAGUCGUGGAAGAGAUUGUACGACAACACCUUGAGCUUAUGCAGAAAGUUAGAUCGAAACACGAGUAGGCUGGAAUCCAGUCCUUCCUUUUCCAAGGAACCGUUGAGAAUACUGGCGGAAAGGGGGACUGGUGGACAGACCUGGGAAAAACUGACACUUCAGUCUGUGUACUUUUUAGCGUAAAUUACAUUUACACUGAAGAACAAACUACACUAGAGUUAAUGACGCUAAAUGAUUCUUGCAAGGUUAAAAAUAUGAGUUUAAUAUCGAACGAGACAUUUUAAAGAGUUUUGAAACGUUCUGAGACGAAACGUCUAGAGAUUUCUAAUGUAUUAUGUAUAGCGUCCUCUUUCUGUCACACUUGCCUGUGCUCUAUGUAAAAUAAGUAUCAUGAGAAUUUUCCGCUGCUAUAACAUAACAUUGAAUUAUUUCCGAUUAAAAAUUAUAGGUAAUAGUGUAAAUAAAUUUUACGUCUAAACAGAGUUUUUUUCACAAAAUAACGAAACCGGCCAUUUCCAGGGACAGUUCACUAGUAAAUAACACGACUUAUCUAACAAACAUGAUCGAUGAAUUUACCCGCAUUACGAACAUUAGAUUUCUGUCCAUUAAGCGACUUCUUCGAAGUCAUACGUUAAGUUUAUACGGAGGCCGCGCGAGUGAAGCAAGCAAGAUUUUUAGUAGGCUCGAUUUCGGCCGCUCUCUCAAGUCUGGUCUUCGUCCUUCCCGAACAGCGGCUGGUAAUCGAGCCUUGACUCGAGCCCAAAUUUUUAGCCUUAAGCAGUAUAUGUAGAACAGGAGGUCACGUCCAAUCACAGAUCUACGCUAUUUGUCAACAGCCUUGUGUUGAUUUCUUACCUGGUAUAAACUUAAACUGUGCGAUUACAUUUUCGGGAAAAUUAAAUUUUUACCAGUGAGGGUCCGACGGUAUGAGCUGCUGUGGAAAGCUUAGUCGUUUUCACAGUAUUUCUUUAGUUAGGGAGAUUAGAAAACUAACAUCUAUAUAUUUGUUUGUCUAGAACAUUGAAAGAAUAAAUGCAAUAAACAACUAUUUAUCCA